UUGACGUCAUCGGGUUUAGCGCGGCCUCCAUUUUGCAGUAGUUUUGCUAGCAAGCUGCUUCUAAUUCGUGCUGCACCGUCAGUAAAUAAAGUGCAUAAAAGAAUUAUAUCAAGCUGAAGAGAUAUUUUCACUGGCACAACGAUGGCUGACCGAUCAGCAGACGUGGAGGUUCUGGAGGGUGCAGAGAUCCGCAAACUGUCGGAGCUGAGAGUCAUCGAUCUGAAGGCCGAGCUGAAGAAACGAAACCUGGACACGACGGGCGUCAAGAGCGUGCUGUCGGAGCGUCUUAAAAAGGCAAUCGAGCAAGAGGGUGGAAAUCCUGAUGAGAUUAUUGUCGCUCCGGAGUCAGCUCCGAAGAAAUGUACACCUAAACGGACUACCAAAGAUACAAGGCAGGAGAAUGAUGAACCGGACGACGGCACUAUCGACGAGGAUUCCCAUGAUGACCAUGAGGAGUUUCAGGAUGAUCAUGACAACAUGCAGGAAAUGGACAUCCUCGACAUGAACGUUCUGGAUGAGACGGAGAAUGACAAUGGGAUACCAGCGGGGGAUGAGGAGGAGGAGGAGGAGGAAAGGGAGAAUUUUCCUUCGGACGAAGACGCAGCGUUGAAUGAUGAAGAGGAAAACAGGGCCUUGGAGUCAGAGGAUGAGGGAAGAAGUCCAGAGAUGAACAAGUCUGAGAUGUUAGACAAGGAUGAAUAUAUGACAUGCUCAUCGAUCAAUAUGGCUCAGGAUCCAGUAGAGGGGGUCGACAUGAAAGAAGAAACAGGUACUGUAGAAAAUGAAAAUGACAAAGUAGCCGGGUCUUGUUUAUCUGAGCCGCUUAACGAAGAUCACCACCAGAGCCACGAGACGAGCCCAGAAGAAGAGCAAGCUGCCACCGCCGGAGGAGAAGAAAAUGUGUCCGACACUGGUGCCAAGUCCGACACUGGUGCCAAGUCCGACAAGGCCAACUCUGGAGAUGUGGAGGGCGACAAGGAUGUUGUGGAGGCUGACACCAACGAGGUUGGGGACGUGGAGAAUGCCCCAGAAGAGACAUUUGAUGCUGAAAACAAAAGCUCGCAGGCUGUUAGUGUAAGCGAACAGGGCGCUGUGGGUGAAACUGUUGAUUCAGAAAUGGGGUCUAAGAAGGGUGAGGAGGAUGAGAAGACAGAAGAGAAAGCUGCUGCGGAUUCAGCCUCGACAGUGAAAGAGUCCUCUUCUGUAGAGGGCGAUGAUCAGAAAAAGAGCUCUGAUGAAAAAGAUGGCACGACUGAGUCAAAAGAUGAAAAGGCUGCUGGAAGUGGUGCUGCAGCAAGCAAUAGCAGGAAUCUGUGGGUCAGUGGUCUCUCUUCCACUACCAGAGCGACUGAUCUGAAGACACUCUUCAGCAAAUAUGGCAAGGUCGUUGGAGCUAAGGUGGUGACCAAUGCUAAGAGCCCUGGGGCCCGCUGCUACGGGUUUGUCACCAUGUCUUCCACAGAGGAGGCCACUAAGUGCAUCAGCCACCUUCACAGGACCGAGCUGCAUGGCAGGAUGAUCUCUGUGGAGCGGGCUAAAAAUGAGCCUGCAGGGAAGAAGCCAGCAGACAAGAAUGACACCAAGAAGUCUGACGGUGAAAGGAGACACUCCUCUGACUCUAAGUCUGAAGGAAAGGAUGAGAAGUCUGAGGGAGAAGGAAAAGAUGGCAAAGCUCGGAAUGAGAGGACUGUAGUUAUGGACAAGUCCAAAGGAGAACCUGUCAUCAGUGUCAAAACCAAAAGCAAAGAAAGAAGCACAAAGAGUCGAGACCGCAAGUCAUCCAGUAAGGAGAAGAAGGACAUCCUGUCAUUUGACCAGAUCAAGGAGCAGAGAGAGCGUGAGAGGCAGAGACAACGAGAGAGGGAGAUCAGAGAGGUGGAGAGGCGCAGGUGCACUGACCGGGAUCGUGACAACCGUCCGGACCGUGAGCGCGAGCGAAUCCGUCUGUUCCGGGAGAAAGAGGAGAGGAAACACUUGCUCCGGAAGCGACACUGGCUGGAGGCUGAGAAGCAGCGCCUCGAUGCAGACCGUAUGGAGCGUCAGUUCUUGGAGCGGGAAAGGCUACGUAUAGAGUACGAGAGGCGGCGGGAGCAGGAAAGGAUCCUCAGAGAGCGCGAGGAGCUGCGACGGCAGCAGGAGCAGUUGCGUUACGAACAGGAGCGGCGCCCCAUUAAGAGGCCUUAUGACUUGGAUGGAAGGAAAGAUGACUGGCCUGAUAAGCGCAUGGCCAUGGAUGACCGUUACAGCCGUUCAGACUUGGGUCGACAGGAACGUUAUCAGGACUUCGACCACAGGGACCGGAGCCGUUACCAAGAUGACAUGGUUAUGGACAGGCGGGACAAUGCGCGUGGCAUCGGUGCAGACCGAGAUGGUCAGCACUUCUCAGACAGACAUGGCAGAGAAGGCAGAGACUCCUGGAGCGGAGGCUACGACAAACGCAUUAACCCCAGGGAGGGAAAUCGAGACUGGGAUUCGAACCGGAAGAUGGAUGGAGACAGACCAUGGCAAAGCAGAGAUGGUGCUAUCCCAGGCCAGAGCCACAUGGCACGUGGAGGAAUGGCAGGCCGUGGAAGCUACAUGAACACAGGAACAUCUCAGUCCCUCUCUGGAGCUCUCAACAGACAGAACCAGCUGAUGCAGGGCAGCGGCGGGCUGCAGGGUGGAGCUUUUGGUCGACGCUAUUGAUGUCUGUCGGACAGACAGUAUUGCAACUGUUUGUAGGAAGUCAUAUUAAGAAGGGUUUGACAUCUUAGUUUUGUAAAUGUUUUUAAAUCAGGAAUUUCUUUUUGACACAAUUCCAGUCCAUUUUUGAGGGAAACCCUUUUUUUUUCUGUGUGAUUCCUUUUCUUCUUUUUUUUUUUUCUUGGGUGUGUGCGUGAUGUUGCGAUCUUCUUGUAUUUAUCAUUCAGUCCAACCCACUUUGUUUGUAUAACACAACUGUCUGCUCACAUGUAGAAGUUGUAUAUUCGGGGUUGGCCUGUGGUGGUAGAGCCACGUCAGAGCUCUGAGUUGAUCGACCUAAAAUCACCACUCUUCUCUCUGUAUCCCAGUUUGUGUCUGAAGUAUUUCAGAGGUUUCCAUACUGGUUAAAGGAGCCUUUUGUUGCAAUUAAUUUCUUCAGAGAUUGAGGCUCCUUUUUGACGUUAUUCUUUUUGUAACACAGUUGGUUUGUAAGAGUUUUGCUGCUGAAGAAAAGGUUUUUAAAACUACAUGUCACAUUCUAAUUCUCAAUGCUUGUUAGACUUUUUUUUUUUAUAUAUAUAUUUCAGUCUGUGCUUCUUUUGUAUAUAGUAUCAGAUUUCUGUGAUUGUUGGAUAAUGGUAAUAAAUACCCCUGGAGUGUGUAUGUGGUCAGAGUCUAUUUAAUUGAUAAAAUCUCAAGUGUAACGUAUGGUGUUGUAGCCUGCGUGCCUCAAAUGUGUUUUUAAUUUUCUUUGCAUCAAUGUGUUACAUUGUGUUUUCUCAUCCUUCUGUUCAGCUCAGUUGUAAAAUUCACAGGGUGAAGUUGCCUCUCACAAUAAAAAAUUUUUUACAUA